UGAAUAACUUAGAAGUAGUCAGCAUGUGGAUGGAAGAAGCUCUUCUUAUUGCUAUAAGCAUACCUCGAAGCAGAAGAUCUAGAAGUAGUACCACCUCUUUUUGUACCUGUACUCGCCUUUUUAGUACCUUUACUAGCAGCCUUUGGAGCUGCCUUGAUAGCCCUUGUUGUAUUAGACUUACUUGAAGCAGCUCUACUGCCCUUUUUGCUGAUAGAGUAUGUAGUCUUGCUCACUACUGUUGUCUUAUUUGUUACUGUCAUUUUCAUGUAAGAUGAUUUGCUUGACUUUGCCGAUUUGCACAUUUUAGAAGUCCUACUUUUCACCAUAAUUAA